UAUAGUUAGAAAGAAUUUUUUCUCAUAGUCGUCGUUCGUUAGCCCUGGUGAAUUUUGUGCAUUAAAUUUAAAGCAUUUAAUUAAUAAAAAAUAAAUUAAAACUUUAUUAAACUGAUAUAUUAACUAUAAAUUUAAAGAAAAUUUCAUGUAACAGUUAAAUAUGAUGUUUACUGUUCUAAACAAAGUUCGUGAGAAUUUCAUAUGAACGAAGAAUAUGAAAUGGCAAAAUUAAGCAAUGUAUAAAAAACUGAAAGGAAAAAAUUUUCAAAGUGUGGUGUUUUAGUGGUAAUAGAAAUUCCAUAAAUUAAAUAAAGAAAAAAAGUUAUCAACUGGAAAACGUAAAUAAAAAUAGCAUAUGUAAUCUUCCUAGAAAGAGUGAAUAAAUUAAAAAUAAUAUUGUAAUAAUGAAUUUUUCAGAUAUUAGUAUGUCUUAAAUAUAAAAAUAAAACAUAAAAGAAGUACAUAUAGAAAAAGAAAACUGCAAAUGUUGCAUGAAAAAAUCGACGUCUGAAAAAAUUAAAUUGUUGAGCACAACGAAGUUAUAAAAGAAGUUAUUAAAAAAAGGAUAAAUGUUUUAAUUUAAUAAUUCUACUUUUUAACGGAAAGACACAAAAUAAGAGUUGAAAUAUACUCCAAUUUUUUCCAUAGGUGUAGUUUGAAGAAAAAAAUAAAAUCGCAACAACGAGGUCGUUUAAUGCAGACUGACUAUUCAUAGGAAAUACAUGAAGAAAAAAGAUUUUGCUGCAUUAUAUGAAAGUUCGAUAAUUUUGCCGGUUAUAUACUGAAAUAAGCAAGCUGUUAAAAAAAGAAGUUAAAAUAGAGUGGUGUCAUUUUGUUGGUUUCUAGAUUGAUUGCUUCAUUAAUUGGUCUUAACGCUUUUGAACAGUUCAAUUUAAUGGCAUUUGUUGAAAAAUCACACCUACUGUCUGCGUCACCGCCGCUGCUGCUGACACCAUCGUUGUUGCUGCUGUCGCUGUGUUCUUUUUUUGUUCACAAAGAUGAACAAUGAAAGUGUUAGAUCGCCCAAAAUUACAACAACAGUUUCAACUACGUCUGCAAAUAAUAAUUACUCCACCGCCAAUACUAGCAACAGUACAACCGCAGCAACGUCAUUUUCAUCAAUAUCAUCAUUGUCAUCUUUGUCAUCAUUAGCACCACUAUCGUACUCAACAUCUGCACAAUUUGACGUAACUGUCAACGCCAUAGCUGCAGUAGUCAAUGCAAGUAACCACUUGCCUGUUACUACGCCCCCAAACGCUGCAGCUGUUGUCGCAGUUGCUGUUUCUUCUUUAGCUGCAGCUAUAAUUCCUGAUACACCUAUUGUGUCGAUUGCUGGUUCGACUUUAAGUGAAAUCACAACAACAACCACAUCUACCAAAACAACACCUACUCCUGUACCCACAAGCAAGGAGUCAGACAGAACUACCAACAACAACAAAAACAACUCUUUGAACAGUAACAGUAAUAAAAACUCCAAUACUAAGGAUUUACAAAAUAGAACACCACCGGCACAUCCAUCAUCGUCAUCAUAUUCAACGUCAAGAGCAUCCGCCAAGGGUUUAAAUCCAAUGUCGAUUGCCAAUUCAUCUGUUACGGGCGCAUUAACAAACGCCUCAACUACGGCAGCCAAUGCUGCUGCAGCUGAAAUUGAAAACAACACGACCAGCACGAAACAGACAAAAGACAAUUCAACCGGCAGUACUGCAAAGGGGACUUCUUCCACAAAUUGCCGACCAUCAGUUACCAAAUCUGAUUCAUUGCCAACAGCAACAGAAUCGAAAUCAAUAACAUCAACAACUUCGUCAAACUCAUCGUCUUCUCAGCCUGUAGUUGUUAAUGCUACCGCUUCUGCAAGCAAAACUGAUGAUAUCAAUGUCACACCUAAUGAAACUAAAUCAAAGGACUUUUUAUCUGAAUCAUGGGAGGAGAGCCGCCUAAAAGAUUGGGAUGACAGUAAACUCAAAGAAUUAUUAGAUGAAGCCUACUCCUACAAGAAUCCCAGAGAUAAAGAAAAUAAAAGUAAAACAUUUUUGCAAUUACUUGAAAAAGCAGAAUAUGAGGAUCAAUCGUAUCCUUUUCGUGUAAACACACGUGGAUCGCGUAAUUUGUCCAGUUCAAUAACGUCCAACAGUUAUCAUCAUUAUCAACAGAACCCACACUACCAUUCGCACAGCCAUAAUCAUAAUCGUUCUCAUCAUCACCAUAAGCAGGGUGGAUCCUUGCAAGAUCUCUUUGAAAUCGGUUUACAUGAAUCACAGUUGGAUUGUGAUCAAACAUUUGGUAUUGGCAUUAGUGGCAAUCAGCGCACACGACGACAAAACCACAACUCACGACAGAAAAAAUACUCUUCGUCUGUGUCAUCGCGACAACGUGAAGGUGGUAGUUUGCCAAGCAACGUUAAUGUAACCCAUCAAUUGAGUGUAGGCGGUAGUGGUGGUGGUGUCAUCAACGAUAUUGGUUUAAUGCAGCAAGAGGGUGGAACGCCAGGAUCUGCAACAUCAUCGAAUACAGGCAAAGUAAAUAAAAAAGAACAAAGGCGCAACGCUUUGAAAGCUGCACCUACAACUGCGACCGUUAGUACAGAAUUGAAAGAGAACAACAACUCUUCAAGUGGUGUUGUUGGAGAAUCUGUUAAUAUUAGCGAGAAUACAACAACUACCACAAAUUCAGCAUACACUGCUAGUUGCGGAGAUUUUAUUAUCGACAUGGGAGAGCCCAUGAUGGAUAUACAACAACAACAGAAAAUACUACAAUGCAAGGGUCAAGAUGCAGCAACACAGGGACAUCCAUUUUACGAACGUUUGGCUAAUAAUGACAAACGUAUACCGAGAGCCAAUAUCGGUUCAAAGAAGGGUACUAAUUUUGCUCCGACUACUUCGCAGGUUUAUGUCGAUGAAACUGUAUGUUUCAAUGUGUUGGAACAAAAUGGUGGUACAAACAAUGGACCAACAUCAUCACAAAUCGAUGCGAAAUUUUUACCUUUAGAUGAAAACUACAAAUCCUGCAAAUCGGUUUUAGGAAGCAAUGGUGAUAAGUCUCCAGAAAUGCUUGCCAAGUCAAAUUCGAUUUAUACAAAAAUUUCCUCACCUGCCUCUGCUGGUUCUGCAGUUUUGACUGGAACCACAAACAAUAUUACAACAUUGACACAACGUCAACUUGAUGAGAAUGGCAAUGCUCUCAGUGAAUUAUAUCAGAAUUCAACUGGUGCUGGUUCUGGCUCGGGGGCAACUAUACAAAUAAAUGCUGUCUCGCCCACAGCUGCCAAUGCGUCCGCCGCUUUACUGAAUUCUUGCGGCAAUGUGUCGACCUCGGCCACGGUGACAAUAUCGCCGCAUACCGCAUCAACCACAGUCUCAACAUCGGCUACAGUUACUACAACAUUUACCUCUGGACCUUCGCAGGCGAAGGCAAAGGCAAAGAAAAAGUCGCAACAGGAACGUAAUACAACAACUGUAGAUGUCGAAUCUGUAGCCGGUUAUCGGGGAAAGGACCCAGUUGAAGAAUUGGUCAAAUAUAUCGAAAGUAGUGGCGAGGACAAACAAGCUGGAUCUGGCUCCAAGUCGGGUGAUAAGAAAAAGGAACGUAAGAAGGACAAGGAAAAGCACCAGAAACUUAAGAAAAGCAAUUCUCUGGAAGAAUUACGCAGCGGUGCUAAAAUGGAAGUGCAUGAACUGAAAAGAACUGCAGCCACAACUGAAAGUAGUGCUGUACUAGUACGACAGAAAAGUGGUGGUGGUGGCAAACAGAAUAAAAAUAAUUCAUCUUCUACGGCCGAUAUCAACAAAAAUUUGGAGGGCAAAAACGCAACACAAACAACAACAAAUUCCCGUAAAUCAGAACGAAGAUCGUGGGGAAAUGAAGACCUUAAGUAUUUGGAAGACCAACCGAAUGCAAAUUUAACAAAUGAAGAGAAAACAACCAUUACAGCAGCUAAAGAACGUAAAAAUAAAGUUGCUGCUGGUGGUGGUUGUUUGUCUACUACUUCGAAGGAAGAAAAGGAAAUUAAAGACAAAACAAACGAACGUAAUGAACGUAAUUUGGUCAAUAACGUUACAUCUACAAUACAAUGUGAAAAAUCUGAUAAACCAGAAAAAAUGGAAAAGGUAGAGAAAUUGGAUAAAUGUGAAAAAAGUGAAAAUAAAUUGGAUAAAUCGGAAAAACGCAAGAAAGAUAUUCCACCAAAUGCUGUUACUGUGGUCGAUAUUCUAGCCAUAGAAUCAGUACUACCAGAAACUGCCGAAUUUCAUGUGGUCACCAAAAAGAAAAAACCCAAAAAACAAAAGGUUAUCAAUAAUCUAGAAGAAACUACCGUCACUUUUAAUCGUACGCACAACUUUACCAUGCAAAAAACAUCAACAUUCAAUCAACAACAGCAACAAAUGACUGUUCGUUACAAAUAUUAUCACCAUGAUAAUUCAUCUAACACUGGCAUUUCAAAUACAAAUUCAAAUACCAGCAGUCAAAUUAAUCAUCAGCAGCCAUCGUCACAACAGCAGCAGCAAUCAAGCAAUUUUAACUCGAAUGUUGUUGGUGCAACCAAUUCUCACCACCAUCAUCAUCAGCAGCAUCAAAAUCAGCAACAACAACAGCAACAUAAUUCAACUGAAACUUAUACUAAUACUACAGAUAAGUCUAGACGUAAAUCAACUUCAUCCGUGCCACCUUCAGAAAAAUCUGAUUCAAGUGAUCUCGAUUCGGUUCAUUCAUUACCAAUUGAAUCAUCCAACAAAGCUAAUAAUAAUAAUAAUAAUGCUGUAGCAACUACAACUUCAAAUACGACCAAGGGAGCAGGAAAUUCGCAGCAAAGAUCGAAAGGUGCUAAAAACAACAAUAAUACAGUUUUGGGAAAUAAUAACUCAACCCCCUCGGGCAAAAAUCACAAUAAUUCACCGGCUCCAAUUUCGUAUGCUGACAUUGCAAGAACUAAUAAAGAAAUUGCUGAUGCUGCUGCCGCAUCUGCUUCUGGCAUUUUAAUAAAUAAUAAUGAAAUUUCCACUGAAUGCAGAAAUGUUGACGCCAUAGUAUAUAAUGCAAUAACAGCAACAACAGAAUCACUAAACACCGAUGAUAAGCCGACGGCUGUUGUCAAUACCACGACAACAACAGCAGUCACAGCAUGUGCAAGUGCAGCUACAGCUACAAAGUCACACAAAAUGAAAAAAUCCCAGAUCAAACAAGAUUUCCCUGAAUUAUCAGGCACUUCAGCCGUUGCUUUCACCGACGACAAGAUUCCUAGUUCGAAUGUUAAUCAUAAGACUAUAACAUAUUCUCAAAGUUUAACAGCUGUAACAAAUCCUACACAAAAUAUUAUCUCAACCCAAAGUCAUGGAAGUGCUGCUGCUGGCUGUGGUGGUUUUAGUUCGGCCAGCGAUUCUUCGCCAUCCUCUUCCUCUGACGUUAAUACCAAAGCCUCGCCAACGGACCAGCAUAAAAACUUAAUUGUACAUCAACAUGCCAAUAUUCCUCCACUGCAAUAUCCACAACAGCAGAUUUUGCAAAAAUCCAAAAGUGUUGAAAUCGAUUCCAUUACUACUUCCACGAAUUCUUCGUCGUCGUCUUCGUCUUCUUCAGCCAUUUAUAUGGCUUCGUUGAAUAGUAACAAUUUAGAUCAGCAAUAUCCUGCCCUGGAGAAAACAGUCAAACGUCAUAGUUCAGCAAAUGUAACAAUGAUUGGAAUGGCGACAAACACGUCCAGCCAAACGCCAUUCAAUUUUGCGGCAGCUGCUAAGCAACAAAUUGCAACAAAUGUUUCAGAACAGCAUAAUAUCAAUUCAAAUAAAAACUCAGCCUUAACUACCUCAAAUACUAACAACAACAACACAAUUCAAGCGGCAUUAUUAAUCAGCACUAGCUCUAACACAAGCGCCAACAGCAACAAUGGAAGCACCACUAGCAACAUUAAUAAAAAAUCCAAAGAAAAAAGUCCACCACUUUCAUCGACAAUUAAUUUCAUAGCACAACCAACAAUACAACCAGAUAAUAAUGCGGUUAAUGCAAACGCCACUACGACUACAACAACAGCGCCAUCGACAUUAAAUCCCAAAAAAUAUAAAAAAGAACGACAACAACAGCAUCAACUACAACAAAGUUCGGUAGACAGCUCUCAGUCAAAACAAAACCAAAACAAUAGCAACAGCAAUACUGUUUCUAAUAAAAAACCAUUGAAAGCACAAUUGAAGUUUUCAAACUCAUUGCCCCUACCACCAGCAUUGUCAACUGCUGGUGGUAGUGGUGGAGCCACAACUACGACGUCAGUUAAUCGUCCUGCUGUUAUCAUACUUAACGAUGAUCGCAACCCUGAUAGCUGUACUGCAGACAAUCAAUUCACAUUUGGCGAUUUCAAUGAAGAAGAAUUGAAAUUGUUUGACGAUGACAGCAAUUCUACUGCUGCAACUACAGCUGAUAGCAUCGAUAUUAAUGCGAAUCAAAUGCAGGAGGAGCUGGAGAAACAUCAGCAAACAUCAGGUAAUAGUGAUAGCGCCACUAUGAAAUCACCACAAUCCACAACGUAUUUUAAUGAUUCCGGAGCCUCUUGUGGCAAUGACAUUGUGAAUAAUUCAACUUCUGAUAUGUUAUUAAGUUCAAGCAUCGAUGCGUCGUCCCCCAACACAUCAUUUGUUGCCAACAGUCACGGCAAUAAUGGUGGCGGAGCUGUUCACAUGCCCGCGCCUAGUAACAAUCAAUCCAGUGAUAGUGGUAUUUACACCGACAAAACAAAGUCAUCCAAUAUCAGUUGCAGCAGCAGCAGUAGUACUGGCGCAGCUGUCAGCAAUGUUGUUUCUACAAAGCAAAAACAAAAGGAACAAAUGUCGCCGACCAAGGAGGAAAAUAAAUUAAACACUUUCCUCUCAAAUACCAGGUGUGCAAGUGUCCAUACAUCAAUGGAUAACUUAGACCCACCACUACCACCGCCACAACAAUUAGAGACAUGCAAUGAUAUUGAGACUGCUAUUAUUGCAGCAGCUCGUGCGGCUGCUAAACAACACCGCAACCAACAAGCCCCGCACCACAACCAGCAGCAACAACAACAAUACAAAAAUUCAAAUACUUCGUCAAAUUCUAGUUCCUUCUCAUCAUCUUCACUUUCAUCAACAACAACAUCAUCAUCCACAUACCAACCGCAACACCACCAUCAACAUCAACAUCAACACCAACACCACAACAGUAAUAUUAAUAGUAAUAAUAAAAAUUAUCAAAACCAACACGGCAGUGGCGGCAAUACCAUGUCAUAUCAUCAUCAGUCACAACAUCCACAAUACGAUGAGGAUUAUGAUGAUAACGAUGAUGAUUCCUUUGCCAAUACACCACGAAGCCGCAGUCCUAGUCGCCCAAGACGUAUUUCCAUUGCAGGCGGUACAGUGGCCAACAAAGAGUUCGACAUUCAUUUUAUACCGCCCACAACAAUGCCAACAGCAUUUAGUACGCAACAACAUAAUGACAUCAUUAUAGAUUUUAUUGGUUCUGCAUGGGAAGAAGUCGCGAAUAGCAAAGUUACAAAGGUCUACGAUGGACAAUAAAUUUAUUAAAUAAAUAUGCUGCAGCAGCAUUAUUACUAGUAUUGUAAUUCAUUUUUCCUCCAUCUCAAUGUCAUCCUGUUUUUGUAAUCGCUAUGUUUGGACUUUAAAACAGCCUCCUAACAACAAAAACAAAGCAAUUUAACCAACCAACCAACAAACAAACAAAAAAAGAAAUAAUCAUUUUUAUCAAAAGAACCGUAAACAUUUUUUUUACGAAUUUUGUGUACUUUAGGCAACAAAACAGACAACGCAGUCAGUUGUAGUCUGUUUAAUAAUGUAUAAAGAAAGCAGCAGAGCACAGGAACAAAAAACGAGGAAAAAGCAUUAACAUUAAAAGCAACAAGCGUAUGUAUAAUUUUAUUAUUAAAUAGUAUUAGAAUAAACAAAAUUAAAAAUGAAAAAAAGAACAUAAAGAAAUUAUAAUAAAAUUAAAUAUUGAAAACAAAAACAAGAAUUAAACUAAAUAAACUAAGAAAGAAAUAGAAGAUUAUAGAGCUGAGACACAAGAAUUAGUUAUAAAAACGUAUUUUUUUUUUGUUUAUUUUUCUCAUAACUUUUUCUUUUUAAUUUUACAACUUAUUUUAUUUAAAUUAAUAAAAAAAUAAUCCAUUUUAUAUUUUAAUGUUAUUAAAUUCGGAUGCAGUCAUGAAAUAAAAGAAAAAAAAAGAAAUAAA